CUGACACGCUCCAAAACAACUAACGUCAGGUCACUUAGCACUUAUGUUGGUAACUAUUCAACUCCAUCGCUACGUAUGACAGGUUUCGAGAGAAAACGUUCAUCGGAGAGUCCAGUCAAGCUUUCGAGAACAAUCGAAAACAGCUUGGAUAUCAAAGACGCGCGUGAGAAUUUAGUCGAACAAGAGUUUUAUAAUCGUCUCAUCUCGGCUCAUCAUCGCGUUGAUGAAUUAUUGAAAUCUAGAGGACUCAAUACUGAAGACAAAAAGCCAAGUUUUGAGAACGACUAUUCAUAUACCCCUAGACAAGACACCUUUAACAUUACAGCUCGGUCUUUCCGAAAAGCAACACGCAAUCAAACUAAUAUUUUGGAGAAGACCAAGAAUUGCUAUGCUGAUAUCGGCUUGGAAAGCACUAGGCGAAAUUUAUCUGCUUCGUUAUUUUUUCCUCUCUCUACUACUGAGGAAAAAGUAAAUUUUGCAACUUGUAGUUCAACUAUUGAAGUAGAACCAGAUAGUGUUUCAAAAGAUGAACUAGCUUUUCUCUCGAUGAAUAUAUCUCCAGUCACUAGGGUACACUUAUCUGUUAAAUCACCUAGACCUGUAAUUGACUCACACAUUUCACAAGCUUUGAAGAAAGGUACAAAGUGGUUGCAUGACUGUUCAGCAGCACCGAUCAGAUUUGGAGUAAGAUCAGAUAAUAAAGCAGGAUGCUCAGACAACAAAGAUGAAUUGAUAAUAAGAAAAUCUUUUUUUUUAAACCGUGCUCGCCAGUUGCGGACAGUUUUUCGACAAGCUGAAGUUUCUAUUCAACAUUGCAGUUUUUAUAAAGUUUCCAAACGAUUCGAAAACCAUGAAAACUGUGUCAGGUUGAAUCUACGACUAACAGAAAGAACACCAUUGAAUUUGAAUGCGUCCAUCGUCAUUAUUGCAGAAGCCCGACCCAUAUCUAUUCGCGAAUAUUUCGUUGAACCUAGUAUGUCAACUAACUCUACUGAUAAAUUCGAUGGCUCAUCAACUCGAAUGAGAAGCGAUUCAACGCAUCUUAACUAUACUGUGCAAAUUCUCAAAGACACUCAGAAUGAGAAGAGAAAAAUUAGACGUUUACGAAUUCCUGAUCAAUUCUUGAAUAUAACAGCAGAGAAUAGUAACUGUCCUUCACUUAUUGGUGGUUUCAUCUACGACUGUCCUGUACCAAAAAAGUCUCCAAAUCGUUUCAAGCUAUCUAUAUCUACCAAUCAACGAACAUCCUCAUCCAGCAGUCAACAAACAGCAGAAAGGGAGCAGAAAGACGAUGCGGAAAGUUGCGAAACUCAACAAAGAGGGAUAGAGCUUACAGCAGAAGCUUCGAACCUUUCGUCUCAAAUAGAGCUCAAGGCACUACCAAAAAUGUUCAUAAGCAUUGAUAAAUCAUCUCAUAGGGACCACGUUCAAGAACAUCCCGUUCUCCGUAAAACAUCUCAGAACAGUCGACAAAUAUCGAAAGAAAAUAAAAUAUUCGAUAUUCCUAUUAGAUUGAAGAAAGUGGAUCAUUCGAUUAUUCGCCCGCGUAUUGUAUUCGAUUCGCAUAACAAAUGGGUACCAAGUUGGAGAAAACCAAGGUGA